AUGGUUGACCCUUUUCUGGUCUUCGCCCUAAUUUGUGUUUUCGGGCCGUUUUUAUGUGCCUUGCUCUGCGCCUGCCCCUGCGCGAGUGCACUCACGACGGCGCCGGCGCCGGCCCCGGUCGCCGGCGCCAAAGAUCCCGGGUCGCAGCACCGUAGCCCGGCGGCUCAAGUGCCAGAGCCGGUUGCCGUGGAGAAGCCGCGGCUGCGGUACUUCCUGUACUCGGCGACCGCCGCCACCACGGAGGGCGAUGGCGGAGUGAGGGGGGCGUCGGUGGUGGUGUGCUCCAUCUGCCUGGAGGCGCUGGUCGACGGGGCGGAGUGCAGCGAGGUGCCGGCGUGCCGGCACGUGUUCCACUGGGGCUGCCUCGCGCUGUGGAUCACGAAAAAGAACACCUGCCCGCUCUGCAGGAGGCCUGUCAUGCCGGGGUCAGAGCCACUCUCGGCUGCCGAGGAGAUGGUCUAG